AUGGCUCGUAUUUGUCUAAAUCCUUCACUUCUUGAAACCUUGACGGACAAGGUAGUCGUAUUGACCGGAGGCGCGACUGGCAUUGGACGUUCGACCGUUCAGCAACUAUGCAAAAAUGGGGCCAAUGUGGUCUUUGGGGAUGUUGUGGAAGGCCCCUCACUAGAACUUGAAGCCGAGCUUGGCUCUAGCGCUCAAUUCGUGAAGUGCGACUCAUCGAGCUAUUCUGACCAACUGCAUUUGUUCAAGACCGCCUUCAAUAAAUAUCAACGGGUGGAUAUUGUUGUUGUCAAUGCUGGCAUUUGCAUCCACAGAGAUAUUUUUGACCCGACUGCCGAUAUUACGGAAGAACCCUCCAUGAAAGAAAUCGACAUUAAUCUCGUAGGGUCCAUCUUCAGCGCCCGCAUCGGCAUGCAUUACUUGCGACAAGGUGGGGGUGGAGACCUGGUUCUCGUCAGCAGCAUUGCCGGUUGGAAGGAAUGUGGGGGCUUGGUCACCUACACAGCCAGCAAGCACGGCGUCGUGGGGAUUAUGCGGGGCCUCCACUUGACAGCGACCCCCGAAAACAUUAGGGUCAAUGUAAUCUGCCCCUGGAUGACAAGAACGCGGCUGGUUCUUGGGAUUGAGAAGGGUUGGUAUGAGCGGGACCUGCCUGUAAAUGAACCAGAAGAUGUUGCUCGAUCUAUCCUGAUUUGCGCUACUGCAAACAGAGGUCUCAAUGGACGUACCCACCAAGGUGCUCGUCUGCCCUUCGCAGGGAAGAUGAUUCAUGUGGCUGGCGGAGAGAGCUACGAAAUCGAGGAUGAAAUCAAAAAUCUGGAGCCGUUCUGGCUAGGGGCAGAGAACAGCAGAGUGCUCGGAAAGGGACAGGCGUACUUGGCGUCGGAAGGAACAAGUUGGGAUACGACAAAGUCUCAUUGA